AUGGCUUCUUAUUCUAUAGAAGAUUUUGUAGGGAAUGGAAGUCUGAAAAAGCUGCUUCCAAAAUUAAUAGAAGAUGGCUGGGAUGAUGUUCCAACAUUAAAGAUCAUGAAUUCAGGUGAUAUGGAUGCAUUAAACUUGACACCAAGGCAAAAGGAUGCAAUGGAAAUAAGGUCGUACCUGCAUGACCGUGCGCUUAUGCAAUACGGAGAUAAGUUAGAAGAAUCUGGAAAAUCUUUGCCCGAGCUUCUGAGCUUGAGCGGUGGAGAACUCUCAUCCCAGUUUGGAAUGAAAAGAGGUCAUGUUGCACGGUUCACAGAUAGAACUGCUGCAUGUUCUGAAACUUUGCCUAAAGCAUAUGCAGUCCCUGCAAGGAGAAUGAGCAGCACAACAUCUAGAAAUGAUAGCACCUUGAAGAGUUCUGGUACUGCUAGCUCAAAAUAUAUGCACAGCACAUCAAGAUAUCCUAGUAAUAGUAGCAUAAGCUAUGAUAAACAGCUCGAGCAAUCACUGGCAGACUUUAAAAUUAACGAUGGAUAUGUCUUUAAAGGAAUUGUUGCAGCUGGGCCAGCUGAAUCUCGAGUAUGUGGUUGUGUACAACCUCCUCCAAUAGUUGAUGAAGUUGCCCCUUACUCUUUUAUCGAGAACAUAUCACUUCAGAAACUAACUCCCGAGCAUAAGGCUGGAAUGGAGCGUUUAGUAAAAACCAGGGCACCCCCGAUGAAGGCCUCAGAACUGUGGCGAGAUAAACCUGCAGUGCUGCUCUGCAUCAGACGUCCCGGGUGCAUCAUGUGCAGAGCUGAAGCUCACCAAUUGUAUGCCAAAAAACCCAUCUUUGAUGCACUAGGAAUUCAACUUGUUGCAGUUCUCCAUGAACAUAUAGAGUCAGAGGUACAGGACUUCUGGCCUCGAUACUGGGGUGGUGCUGUACUCUAUGACCGUGAUAUGGACUUCUUCAAAGCUCUUGGUGGUGGGCAACUGCUGAAAGAAAAGUUCUUAUCAGGAUUUGUUUUCAAUCCCAGAGCUAUUGCAAAUUACAAACGUGCAAAAGCUUCCGGAGUAAAGAGCAACUUCAAAGGGGAAGGAGAAAUUAAAGGUGGACUUUUUAUAGUUGGCAAAGGAAAGAGUGGCAUUGCUUACCAGUUCAUUGAAAGGAACUUUGGUGAUUGGGCUCCUCCAGCAGAAAUAAUUGAGAUCUGUAGCAAGUUACAGAACCCGCAACAUAGUCAAGAGCAGUCCAUCAAUAUUCUCUAAGCUUACAUCUAUUUGUAUUCUUUGUAAUUUAAGGACAGAAGUAAAGAAAGCUCUGUUCUUUUCUUAGCUUUUGCCUUAUUUUCUACAUUGCCAGAGUUUCAGUCGACGACAACUCCAGGAAGCCAUUUGGACCUACCACCUAGUUAGGUGGUCCUUGUCUGUUAUUCUUUUGUUUUAUGUUGUAUGUUUUUGUGUUGAUUGAAAUUAUAAAUGAAGUUUUAUAAAAACUA